GGUAUUACUGUACUGUAGGUUUGUGUGUCUUGCAGGAGGGUGAGUGGUGGCUGUAUCACAUGACCUGCCAGGGGGCAGUUGUGCACGCUCUACAAGCUACAGCAGGUGUUAGUUGGGUGUGUCCCUGCAAGGGGUGGGUCACCGUGGGUGUAACAGCAGAGGGUGGUUGUGUAUGCCUGCCUCAUAACCUUGCAGGGUUGGCUGUGUGUGUCUGUCACAUGACAUGACCCAGCAGGGGGUGAUUGUGUGUGCUUGGCACAUGACCAAGCAGAUGGUAGCAGUGUGUGCCUAUCACAUGAUCCAGAAAAUGGUGGCUGAGUAUACCUGCCUUAUGACCUAACGGGCCUGUGGAUGGUGUGUGUUUGUCACAUGACCCAGUGAAGGGUGGCUUUGCAUGUCACAUGACCCAGCAGGGUAUGGGUGUGUGUUCUUACCACAUUACUCCGCAGAGGUUGUCUGUGCCUUUCACAUAAUUCAGCCAGGCUUGGCUGUUUGUGCAUCAGUCACAUGACCCAGCAGGAGGUGGGAAAACAUGUCCCAGGCAAGGAAGAGAGGAAGACCCAGCACCCACCGUGAUGCCACCGUUAUUCAAGGCGACGACGAUGAUAUGGGGGAGGACAGUUCUCUAAUGUUAACUCAGUCAGCAACGCAAGUGCAGAGAAAUCUGGAAAAACAUUCCCCGGAGCAACUGAGCCUUAAGGUGGGAGAAGUUGUACAAUACUUUCUUAUACGAGAUCAGAAAAAGCUGCCGAUUAAGCGAGCUGAUAUUGUGAAGAAUGUAGUGAAGGAGUAUAAGGAUGUUUACCCAGAAAUACUCAACCGUGCUAAGAAUACCCUACAGCAGGUGUUUGGGUUUCAGCUGGAGGAGAUAGACACCAAGAACCACGUUUACGUUCUGAUCAACAAGCUGGAGCGAGUGCAGGGAGACAAUAUUAGAGUAGAUGACGGCGUUGCCAAGCUUGGAUUACUCACAGUGAUUCUCAGCGUCAUCUUUAUGAAGGGAAAUACCACAAAAGAAUCUGUUAUCUGGGAGACCCUGAGGCGUCUGCGUGUUGAUCAAGGUGAGAAAAGUGAGGAUUUUGGGGAUGUGAAGAAACUAGUGACUGAUGAAUUUGUGAAACAGAAGUAUCUGGAGUAUAUGCGUAUCCCGCAUACGGAUCCUGUAGAGCACGAGUUCCGGUGGGGACCACGAGCUUUUAAAGAAACCUCUAAAAUGAAAAUCCUCGAAUUUGUUUCUAAGAUUCAGAAGAAGGAUCCCAAAUCAUGGGCAUCCCAAUACAAAGAAGCAGUGGAGGAGGCGUCUGGAGCAGCUCGGACUUCUGGCCAUUAAGAAGUUUGUUUUCUGUGGCUAAUAAACUGGCAGGGUGAAGCAGGCAGCUACAUAACUUCUACAAGACAGGGAGACAUACACUUUUUGUAUUAUAGAAUUUUUAUUAAACAAAUACAGCAUUUACCACGUACCUUGUAAAAAGCUCUGCAUUGUGGCAGGGCUUCUCUUUAUUGUAGAUGACCUGGUAUUGGGGGCUCCCAGUAGUGAAGACCCCCCAUAUAUACCCAGUUAUUACAAAAAACUGACAGCAGAGCAGCCUUUUUAUGGCAGAUGACAAUUAUUUCAUUGGUUACAAAUAAAGGCAGCUGAGGACAAAUUCCCUUACAGAGCUUUACUUGUAUACUUGUUACUUAUUUGUAUAUUUGUUAUUUUGUUAAAUAAAGUUACAGAACAUC